UUCUCUACGUCCUCUUUUCGGUGGCGGCAUGGCUGCCUUCAUAGAUCUGGAAUGUAGCGAAGAUAGUGUUAGACCUUCGAUUUGCACCGGCAUUUUCUUAUUCGGAUGUGAGUUGAGCAGCAGUUCCCGAUCAUACACUUUUAAAGUAUCUGAAGAGGAUGAAUGUGAUCAUACCCUAGCUUUGAAUAUGGUUUGCCUGUCGGAAGGUGCCAAAGAUGAAUGCAACGUGGUGGAAGUUGUGGGUCGCAACUAUCACAAUGAAGAAAUUGUUGUGCCAGUGGCCAAUCUGAAGCUGUCGUGCCAACCCUGGUUAAGUUUGAAUGAUUUUCACCUUCAGCCUCCGGUGACCUUCCGCCUGUGCUCAGGAUCUGGUCCUGUUCACCUUGCAGGACGACACCACAUCUUUCAUAGGCGGGAGCUCUUGGAUGAUGAAUUGAGUGAAGAGGAUGAGGAUUUUAGUGAGGACGAUGAGUUCAGUGAUGAGGAAGAGCUCACCCCUGUCAAGCCAGCCAAGAAGAAGCAAAAGUCUUAGCUUGGCUCCCUCAAAGAACCUACAGCUGAUGUAAGUGGCCUUAGCUACAAACUCCAUGGGAAAGCUGUUGUUGGAGGAGACAUAGGAGGCUUGGAAAAAACAUGUCACAGAUGUCUUCCCUUUUCUUCCCAGGAAAACUAGUUGCUGCUGUGCCUUUUGUACCUGGAAAGGUACACUAAUACCUUAACUGCUGCUACUCAGUGUGGUGUGUUUCUCUUUAAGGACACUGUGCCUUUGAGAAAUGGGUAAUGCCACUGGGAUUCCUCCUUGGGAUUUCUGUGCAUAUGACAUUGAGUCAGUUUGACUCUGUACACAGUUAAAAAUUUUAUUCCUUUACUCAUCACCAUGAAGAUGGCCACAGGAUUCACUUUCUGAAAAAGUAUAGUAUUUUCUUCUAAUUGCUUUUGAACUGUUUUGGAAAUGUUACAUACCUUUGGUAUACGGUUUGUUGUUUUUUCUUUCUAAUUUAAGGAUGGUGCAAUGGUAGGAUUGGAAAACAGCCUGUAUGUAUUUUGUAGGCAUGAUUUUCCUUGCAGGUCUCUUUUUUGAAUGUUUUUAGU